AUCAUGACAAGAGAGUGCAAACUGGCUGACUUAUUUAUUCAUUAGUUUAUUGUGAAUAAUAACAUUACUUUCAUGUUCACUUAGUGUUUCAGAUUGUUACUCGCUGUGGGAGUGGAGUAAAGUAAAGGGCUGGACUUCAUUUUAUUCACAUCAGAGAUGAUUUCGGGAGGCUCUUGCAGCUCAAGAAUACACUAGCUUUAGCCAUAAAUGGGCUUUAGCCCUAGAGGCUUUAGCUCAUGGGAAACAACGGGAAGCCUGAUACUGAAAUUAACAUCAAGUCCUCAAAAGACAGAGACGUUGACUUUACAACCUGUUGUUUCUCAACACGUAAAGUUGGUGUCAUGGAUAAUUCAACUAAAAAAGUCCCCACGAACAAAAAGUGUGCACUUUUACUACCAGAAAUCAGCAAGAUCACCCUUUACCAUUACCGCAGUAAAGAUGAAAUCCUCAGGGAGCGCAAAAGAACUGAAGAGUUACCCUACAUAGUCAUUCACCCUCACAGUAUGUUCAGGAGGUACUGGUUGUGGAUAAUGAUUCUGGUAACGAGUAUCAAUAUGGUUUGCAUCCCCUUGGCGGUCAGUUUUUUUGGGACUGAUAUCCACAUGGACUGGAUUGUCUAUAAUGUUUUAAUAGACAUAGCAUUCAUUGUUGAUCUGUGCCUAAAUUUUCGAAUGGGCUUCCAUCAUGGAAACAUGGAGGCUAUUCUGGACCUUCGCAAGAUAAGAAACCAUUACCUGAAGAACUGGUUCAUACCUGAUCUGUUGGCUGUAGUACCAAUUGACUACUGUGUGUUGAUUCUCUCGGCUUCAGGUGGGGUUGACCUAAAUGGGGUUGACCCAAGUGAUGUGCCUGGCUAUCUCUUGAAGAUCUCAAACGUCUUCACCCUUCUGCGGCUCCUCAGGGUCUUAAGGCUGGUGCGCUAUGUGAACGACUGCAUGGAGAGGGUAAGUGUUCGCAUGAAAUCCAUCUUUGAGGUGCUAUACAACAUAUUUGGCAUCUUCCUCAUCUGCCACUGGAACGCGUGCUUCCAAUUCAUGUUGGUUACCUUCAUGGACUAUCCACCUAACAGCUGGGUCACCCUAGCAGGCCUAGAGGACAAACCAAUUAAAAUCCAGUACACGAGGGCCAUGUUUCGCUCACUUUGUCAUAUGAUGACACUUAACUAUGGCACAGGAAUUCCAAGAGGGAUGUCAGAGCAGUGGAUGAUAAUAACGAGCAUGACAAUCGGCUCUGUUUUAUAUGCUCUGGUUUUGGCCAAAAUCACUGCCCUCCAGGCCACCUUCAACACCAGUCAGCGGGCCUACGAGGAUUUGCAAAAUGAAUUGACGGUAUAUAUAAGAGACAAACAGGUGCCAGGUAGCCUCCUCCCUCGUGUGUUUGGCCAUAUGGAGAACUGCUACCAGGGCAAAUGGUUUGAUGAGAAGGCCAUCCUAAAUGAACUCUCUGAGCCACUGAAACUGGCUGUGAUGCAGCACAUUUGCGGGAAUCUGCUGACAAAGGCCUUUGGAGAUACAGACCCACUGUUUCUGGCACAGCUGCUACUGGUGGUUGAGUUUGAGAGCUACCAAACGGGAGAUGUGAUCAUUCGGCCAGGGAUUGCAGCAGACUAUAUGUACUUAAUCGACAAGGGCACGGUAGUGGUGGAGAAUGCUGGUGUCCAGCACACGCUAAUGGAUGGAGACUUUUUUGGAGAGAUAGCACUGGCUAAGUUCUCCAAACAUUACAUCAAGGUAUGGACUAAGUGCCCAAGCCGCUUGUGUAGUCUGUCAGUCCAAGCCUACUAUGCUGUGAUGGAGGAGUUCCCUGAGCUGCAGGGCAAGCAGCUCAUCAGGCCGUCUCUCACACACCCCCGACGUGAUGGUAAGACAUGAGAUUUUGGACAAUUAAGUUUGUUUUCGGCAGAACACGAUGAUCAGCCUGCCACCCAUCCAGAAUCUGCACACUGCACACAAUAUGUCUGUCCUGAGAAAGGAUCAAAGGAAUGAUGUAACAACCUUAGCACACAGUCCAAACCAUUCCAUGAUGAUUUCUGUGCCCUUUUAUACAUUUCAUCAGUUUCUCUUGGUAACAGUGUGGUAAAAUGACAGCAGUUUUUUUAGGUGAAGAACUUUGGUCAUGCCAUGAGUUAGGAAUGAAAUAGAAGACUUUGUUUGGGCAUGCGAUCAAAGCCUAGGCGGUGCAAUCUAUAUUAACUGUUGUUUCUCUAGUAACAAUAUGUUAAAAGUUUCGUUUGGAAUGUAUUUAAUGUUACAUUUCCAUGUUCAGUUCUGUUAUAGUUUCAUACAGCAUUGCUGAAUUGUCAGCCAAAAUAUCUUGCGCGCCCAACUAUUUAUUUAUUUAUUUUAGCAUGUUCUGUUGACAAGAUGCAGAGUUCAGUUUUGCAUUGACAACAUACUCUUAUCAGUUGUGGAUUUAUACAUGUAUGAUUAGUGUGUUCCCAUUAACAAUGAUGUUACCAUAAAUGUGUCCCACCGGAUUCUCAUCCUU